UUUUAGCCGCGAAACAUUGCAAAAUCAAUAUGGCUUCCGAAUAAUUAUUACAACCGGUAAACAAUAUUGUCGAUAAUAAAAAUUCUCCUUUAAUUGUGCCCAGUAAUCUUUUGUUAUAAUCAAAACAUCAUGAUUGUGCAGUGAUUUAGCAAUUUAUCAUGCACAGUGAAAAGAAAAUAUUAAAUAUUAUCUCGAAAUUGCAAGUUAUUCUUAAAAAUGAAUAUCCUGCGGUUCAAAGUAUUUUCAAGAAUCUGAAAAAAAAGGAAGACAUCAAAUAUGCAAUUCAGUCAAUCAGUUCUUUUAGAAAGAUAAAAAAUGUAAUGCAACUUAUUCGAGAUGAAAGAAUUCUUGAAAUACAAGAAGGAAGAGAUCUAUUGGUCUAUCUUCUAACGAUUGGAGAUGACUGGACAAUGGGAAUUUAUAAUAAUAUUCGAGUGUCACUCGAAACUGCAGAUGUUAAUCGUGUGAAAAUUUACGCAACGAUAUUUAUGAAAGCCUGGCAAGAAGCAAAUGAGAGCAAAGAAAUUAUCGAGACAUGUUUGGAAAAUUUAAUUUAUCACUGUCUACGCACCAAAAGAAAAAAUAACGAAAGAGAAAAAUUGGGACAAAAUUUAUUAACAUUUCUCGAAUGUUUUCAUAUUCAAAAAAAUGUUCCCUUGAAGCAAAUGGUUUGCGAUUAUUAUCAUCAAUUUCUAUGGACAUAUUUAGAGGCUCCGGGAUCUUGUGUAAAGUGCAAUACGGCAGAAGUUCUUUUCGUCGCAUAUCCAAUGAAUUUAAGCAAUAAACUAAAAAACAACAAUUAUGAAUUGAAAAGUAAUAAAUAUUUACAUAAGCAGCACAAGGCAAUAACAAAUAUCCUGCGAGAUUCGAAUAGUAAUGUUCGUGCUAUUGCUCUAAAGGGCGUAUUUCAAGUGUUAGAGAAGUUUUGGACCACAGUACCGAAAGAAACAGUAGAUUUAUGGUUAAGACUCGCAAUAGAAUACAAAGAAACUUCUAAUAAUCCAGAAAUAAGAAAAAGUGUUUUUCAAGGUUUCAAGUCACUCCUGAAAAAUUCGAAAAGUCAUUUAAUUUUAGAAAAGAAGAUACCAAAUUUUCUCAACAGUUUGUACGAUACAAAUGACGAUGUUAAAUUGUCAGUACUCGAUCUCUUCUUGGAAAUGGAAAAUUGUACAAAUAUCGAAAUUUCAAAUUCAGUGCCCUUAAAAAUUAUCGUACAUUGUCUAGAGAUGAAUUCUCAUACGGAAGUGGUGAGUUCAUUGCACAAAUUACUAUGGAUUAGAAUUUCUUUCUCUAAAAUCGAGGGAAGAAUUCUUAACGAAAUAAUCGAUUGUGGACAAUUAAAUCUUAUCGAAUUUCGAAAAUUUCUUCUACAAUCAAACGAUAUAAUUUGCCAUGAAAAUGCAGUGGAAAUUUUAAAUUUGUUAUUACCGGAAAUAUCACGUUUAACGGAAUUAUUAAACGAGGCGGAAGGUGAUAUGGAAGACGAGUUAAACGAGACAGUAAGGAAAAAAUCCCGUGGAGAAAAGAGUGAACAAUUACUAGAAAGAGAUGUCAGUAAAUUAACAGCAAUUCAAAUUUUAAUUGAUGCAAGUGCUCUUUUUUAUCUAAUAAAUAGAGAAAAGCUCGCAAAAAAUGUCUAUCAAAAAUUAAAUAAUGAUAUCAUAGAAAAAAUGAGGAAUAUUUUAGAAAAAUUUCAGGAUUCUGAACUAAGUGAGUUGGCUAUAUUUUUUCUAUCCUUGAUGCCUAGAAAAUUAAUCAAAAAUAUUGGAAAAUUUCUACAAAAGUAUAAGAGAAAGAUUUUCCAAGAAAACUUGUCUGAUAAUAUGUUAUCAUCAAUUUUACAUUUAUUCUUCAAAUGGAACGAAAUCGAUUUUCUAUUUGAAUUGUUGCCGUUCCUUCUAACACCAGACGGAGAGUUACCUCUAGAAAUGGCAUCUUUCGUAGGAAAUGUACCCAAGAGUGAUUUGGGUCUCAAAUUACUGGAGAUUAUUCUUGACAGUAAUUUUUUGUGCAAUUAUUUACCAGAGUAUUAUACAAAAAUUAUUAAUUUGUGGGAAAAUUUAUAUUUUCUCGAGAAAUCUAUAGAAAUUCGUUUAGGAAACAAUUUUUCACAUUCAUUAUCGGAUAGUGUUUUAAAAACAAGUUUCAAACACUACGUGUCCUUAAUUCCAAAACUUGAUUCCGAGAAUUUCCAAUCAGAAAUACAUUUUUCACGGAUUAUUGUCUGGACACGAGAAAUAAUUCUUCCACACAUAUCGUAUUUAAAUGAUCUCGAACUUGAUGAUUUUGGAAUAAAUUUAUUGAAAUCUGUAUUAAACACCAGCAAUAAUCUGAUAAUUGAAUUGAAAGCUUCACCAAAAUUAUGUUGUGAAAUUAUAAUUUUAUACAGUAAAUGCCUGAUGGAAAAAUGUGGCAUUAUAUUUGUAAAGUUUGCUCUAGUCACUAUAUUAGCUUUAAUGAAAUUCAGUUCGAAAAUGUUCAAAAAUGAUGAAUCAAAAUUAUUAAAGACUCUUGUGCCGUCUCUUUUUGUAGCUGUGAUGGUAACAUUGACGAAAUAUUCUGAAACUGUGAUAAAAACGCACACAGCGAAUUUGGAGUCUCUUGGGGACUUGGUGAAAAAUAUUUUUCCACUAUUGAGUGAAUCGCUGGAUUUACGCAUGAGAUACAUGUCGAUUAUUUUCAAUACGGCUGUAUUUUGCCUAAGUAAAGAUUUGAAAAAACUUUUGAACAAUGAGCAAAUUUUUUCACCAGAAAAUACGCUCAAUCAAGAGUUUUCCUUUGUCACGAAGGAAAUAAUGAAAAUUAUUUCUCACGUCGAAGAAUUCGAUGAUUUGUGUAUUAAUAUUUUGAAUAGGAAUUUUUCCAAAUAUAAUAUAGUGGAUCAAUUGUCAUCGUUAAUGUUUGUUCAAAGACUAAUUAAGCAGAGGAAAAAAUCGACCAUAAAGAGUCGGAAAAAAAUAAAUACAAUCGUGAGUUUGAUAAAAGAACAAAAUGACAAAUUCAGUGAGACAAUUUCAACGUCAUAUGAUCGAUUUAUUAGUGACUCGAAAAAACUGAUAAUCGAGAAAUUAAUGUCUUGAUAUUUCGAGACUCCGAGUGAGGAAAAAAUGUUGAUUGUUUAAAAUUAUUUAAUAAUU